AUGGGGUUGUACAUCUCAAAGCUAUUUAACAGCCUUGUAGGCUCAAGAGAAAUGCGUAUCCUGAUGGUUGGUCUUGACGGUGCUGGUAAGACCACUGUCUUGUACAAGUUGAAGCUGGGUGAAGUCGUGACUACGAUCCCAACCAUUGGUUUCAACGUCGAGACCGUCGAAUACAAAAACAUCUCCUUCACCGUCUGGGACGUUGGUGGACAAGACAAGAUCAGACCUUUGUGGAGACACUACUUCAGAAAUACCGAAGGUAUCAUUUUCGUUGUUGAUUCUAACGACAGAUCGCGUAUUUCUGAAGCCAGAGAAGUCUUACAAAGAAUGCUGAACGAAGACGAAAUCAGAAACGCAGUUCUACUAGUUUUCGCCAACAAGCAGGAUUUGCCAGAGGCCAUGUCUGCUGCAGAGAUCACAGAAAAGCUUGGUUUGCACUCUAUCAGACAACGUCCAUGGUUCAUUCAAGCCACUUGUGCCACAUCUGGUGAAGGUUUGUACGAAGGUUUGGAAUGGCUAAGCAACAGCUUGAAGAACAAUUCCUAA